AAAAUCCAAAGUUGGAAACCUUUACAGUCUCAUACACACUCAAGCCAAAAUUUAGUGCCAUAUUGUCUCAUCACUUUCCGCACUUUUAUCCUUAAACUUUUAUAAAUAAAUUAAGAAGAUAUAUAGAGAGACGACAGUUAAUGUCACCGGAAGAAUACGUCAGGGUUAGGCCGGAUUCCGGUGGUGAUCUUGGAGGAACUGAGCUGACCCUAGCUUUGCCCGGCACUCCGACAAAUACAUCGGACGGUCCAAAAAAGCACGGACACAAACGUAAAUUCCUCGAGACCGGUGAUUUAAAACUCAUGAAAGACGACCAAGAGAAUAAUAAUAAUAUCGCAAGCAUGAUAACUAAUGACCAGUUGGUGGGGUGGCCGCCGGUAGCGACGGCGAGGAAAACAGUGACGACGACGGUGAGGCGGAAAUACGUGAAAGUGGCAGUGGACGGAGCGGCGUAUCUCAGAAAAGUUGAUCUUGAGAUGUACGAUUGCUACGGUCAGCUUUUCACCGCUCUAGAAAACAUGUUUCAGGGGAUAAUAACAAUAUGUAAAGUGACGACGGAGUUGGAGAGGAAGGGCGAGUUUGUGGCUACUUACGAAGAUAAGGACGGUGACUGGAUGUUAGUCGGAGAUGUGCCGUGGAUGAUGUUUGUGGAAUCGUGCAAACGGAUGAGGUUGAUGAAAAGAUAGAGAAAACAGACGUACAACUCAUUUUCCUCAUAUAGUAAUUAUUUUCUUGGGCGAUUCGACAAUCACGCGAAAGCUUUGCUGCAUGCCUACAUUAUUUUCUUCUCUUCCUUCAAGCUAAUCAACUAGGCUGUGAAGAUGAUACGAUCCCAAACCAAGAGGUGAAAAAGUUGAGCAACACAUACAAUACGAAUUACCAAGUUGGAGAUGCACAGGAGAUAUAUAUGAACGAGACGCAUAAAUGGAAGAUUUAUUAUAUCUAAAUAGUACUUUACUACAUUUAGUUUUGGAUUUACAGUUUCAUGUUUGAUUUGCUACAAUGUUUGUUACAAAUUAAGCUUUUAUAUUGAGGAAAAGUUUAUUGCUGCA